CCCUCGGAAACCUUCGGAACCCUCGGGAACUCUCGGAAACCUUCGGGAACUCUCGGAAACCUUCGGGAACUCUCGGAAACCUUCGGAACUCUCGGGGGAGCCCUCGGAAACCUUCGGGAACUCUCGGGGAGCCCUCGGAAACCUUCGGGAACUCUCGGGGGAGCCCUCGGAAACCCUCGAGAACGCUCAGGAGCCGGCGGGAACCAUCGGGGAGCCUUCGGAAACCGUCGGAAGAGCCCUCAGGAGCCGGCGGGAACCGGGGGGGGAACCCUUGGGAACCGUCAGGAACCGGCGGGGGAGCCCUCGGGAACCGGCGGGAGCCCUCAGGAGCCCUCGGGAACCGGCGGGACGGGAUCUGGCGGAAACUGGCGGGGAGCGCUCGGGAACCGGCGGGGAGCCCUCGGGGACCGUCGGAAACCGUCGGAAGAGCCCUCGGGAACCGUCGAAAGAGCCUUCGGGAGCCCUCGGGAACCGGUGAGGGAGCCCUCGGGAACCGUCAGGAACCGGCGGGGGAGGGCUCGGUAAUCGGCGGGAGCCCUCGGGAACCGUCGGGGGAGCGCUCGGGAACCGUCGGAAACCGCCGAAAGAGCCCUCAGGAGCCCUCGGGAACCGGAAUCGGCGGGGGAGGGCUCGGUAAUCGGCGGGAGCCCGCGGGAAACCGUCGGGGGAGCGCUCGGGAACCGUCGGAAACCGCCGGAAGAGCCCUCGGGAACCGUCGAAAGAGCCCUCAGGAGCCCUCGGGAACCGGUGAGGGAGCCCUCGGAAACCGUCAGGAACCGGCGGGGGAGCGCUCGGGAACCGUCGGAAACCGCCGGAAGAGCCCUCGGGACCCCUCGGGAACCGUCGAAAGAGCCCUCAGGAGCCCUCGGGAACCGGUGGGGGAGCUCUCGGGAGCCCUCGGGAACCGGCGGGUGAGCCCUCGGGAACCGUCAGGAACCGGCGGGGGAAGGCUCUUUAAUCGGCGGGAGCCCUCGGGAACCGUCGGGGGAGCCCUCGGGAGCCCUCAGGAACCGGCGGGGGAGCCCUCAGGAGCCCUCGGAACCGGUGAGGGAGCCCUCGGGAGCCCUCAGGAACCGGCGGGGGAGCCCUCAGGAACGGAGCCCUCGGGAACCGUCAGGGGAGUGCUCGGGAGCCCUCGGGAACCGUCAGGGGAGUGCUCGGGAACCGUCGAGAGCCCUCGGGAACCGUGGGGAUGUGGCGGGAACCGGCGGGGGAGCCCUCGGGAGCCGGCAGAAAGUGUCUGGGGAGCCCUCGGGAACCAUCGGGAGAGCCCGGGAAACGUCAGGAGAGCCCUCGGGUGCGCUCGGGAACCGUCGGGGGAGCCCUCGGGAGCCUUCGGGAACCCUCGGGAGCGCUCGGGAGCCGUCGGGGGAGCCCUCGGGAACCCUCGGGAGCCUUCGGGAGCGCUCGGGAGCCUUCGGGAACCCUCGGGAGCCUUCGGCUCGGGGUAG